AUGUCUCUCCAAGGUCUUAUGUCUGGUGCCGAUUGUGCCGUACAAUCCAACCCGCUCUCCCAAGUCCUCAAGCAUGCGGAGGGAGAUCGUAGUCUACAACAGCUGUAUCACCUCCCUACCUCUUCAUCCCGAGCAGCGGCUGAACAGGACAUGGCCAUGGCCAGGCAGUUCUUCGAGGGCAGCACCCAGGAAGCGGUUCCUAGCUCAUCAAUCCCUCCGGGAGCUUUCCAACUAACUCAACAUGCGCCUCUUAUGACUCGAAGCAAUGUCCAUUCUCCGAACUUUGGUGAUGCGUGGGUUGAAGUCCAGCAACGCCAACAUGCCUCAUCAAUCCCUCAACGAGCAUCUCCAGCGGCAUGGGCAAACGAGUUUCAGCCCUCGCAAAUGUCUAUACCUGCUUCCUCUGCACAACAUGACCCACAACAGCCCACCCUUGCCCGAAAUCCGUACAUGUCGCCCGGGCUCUAUGGGACCACGGGGUUCGCAACGUCGUCUAUGUAUGCAAAUGGCAUGCCACAAACGUAUUUCCGAGGCAUGGAGCAGCCCGUCAUCGAGCAGGGUAAGGGUAAAGGAAAGAUGAAGGAGGAAGACUUUGAGGCUGCUUUCGCCCAGGCCGCUGCGUCGCUACAGAGUGCUCCCCUCCAAUCAGCUCACGUUGAAGAGGUCGGCGAGCUGGGAGAAGCACUCGCCGAGACCUCAUUGGAUGACGGUGUUACUGACUUCAAACAGGUGUGGGAUCAGUUGCAGAACUCUGAUAUGCCGCCUCCUUCGAGCGAUAUGGCAAAGUGGGAGGCCGAAUUCAAUCAACUUAUGAACGCACAACGAGACGAAUACGACCUUGAUUAUGGGAGCGCUAUGCAGAACGGAUGGGCGGACUACGAUGGUAAUCUUGACGAGAAUUCGGUCAAGUUCGAUAGCGAAGGACUGCCCAUUCUCUCCCCAUACAGUUUCGAACCAAACAAUAAAUACCUUGACCCGUCGACAUCGACACAGUCGCAUCUCAGCGAGGCAAAGGCGCUUUUAGAACAGAACGGUUCGCUUUCAGAAGCUGCUCUCCUGCUUGAGGCUGCGAUACAGAACGGAGAUCUCGGCAACGGCGGCUAUGAAGCCUGGAUACUACUGGGCGAGACGAGAAACAUGGACGAACGGGAGGACGCAGGAAUGAAGGCCUUGAUGGAAGGAGUGAGGAUAGCGGAAGAGGCUGGUGCAAAUGGAGAGGGCAUGCUGUCCCUAGCCAUAUCAUUUACGAAUGAAUCCUACGAUCGCGCUGCCCAUGGGACCCUCCUUCGAUGGCUUCGUGCUCGUUUCCCAACGUAUCCCCUCUCUCCAGCUACGGAAGAAUCGCUCGGCCAGUCUUCGUGGCAUUCCAACGAAGCCGUCACGUCUGCCUUCCUCGACGUCGCCCGAGCUCAACACGAGGCAGGAACGCUGGAUCCGGACGUACAGAUCGCGUUAGGUGUCCUUUCCUAUACUCAAAACAAUUUCGACCGUGCACGAGAUUGUUUCGAGAGUGCUUUGUCAAUGCGACCGAAGGACUAUCUUCUGUGGAAUCGGCUAGGCUCGUGUCUCUCAAAUGGCAACAAACCUGAAGAGUCUUUAGGAGCCUAUCGCGAGGCACUCAGUCUCCGUCCUACGUAUACUCGGGCAAUCUACAAUGUCGGCGUUGCAUGUCUCAACAUUGGAGCCCACAAGGAAGCAGCGGAGCAUUUUUUAAGCGCACUGGCCAUGCAAGAAACCACCGGAGAAAAGAGCGAACAGCUCUGGACCACACUCCGAAGGGCAUUCGCGGCGAUGAAUCGAACCGACUUGGCGGACGCAGUCAAAAAUAAUCCCAGUCUUGACAUAUUCCGUAAGGAGGGCUUUGAUUUCUAG